GGCAACCCUGAACAUCUUACUACGCAAUGAGUGCCUGCUUCAAAACUGAAACUAAAUCGCAGUGUUUACGUUCAAAAAGUGAUAACAUUGUUCUGAGUGAGACUGUGAUAUUGGACCAAAAGAGCAAUUUAUAUUGUGCUUCUCUUUUGACAAGAAUGAAUACUUUUUUCUGAAACACGUUCCUUGACGGUUACGAUAUGUAGGCUAGGCUAAUUGUCUCGUUUUGUGUAAGCUACACUGGAUAUUGUUUGGAUUUCCCUGACAACUGAAAGACGCCAUCGACACAGAUAAGAGAUGACGAGCCCGCCAAAGAUAUUUACUGAAGUGAGACUUAAGAUUCCAGCCACCAUACCGCCAAAUUCAGUUUCAAGCUUACUUCACGGCAAGACAGUGAGACUUAAACGUGAUGGUGUAUAUACAGUUGCCAGCGGGUCUUUUGAAGAUAUUAAAGAUAUUUAUGACAAGUGUACGAUUACGCGAACAACAUAUGAUGGAAGUAGUGAUCUAAGACAAGAGGAAAUGAGUCUAAAGGACCAUGCUGCAGCAGGUCUGGGACAAGCUCAAAGUGACUCUCUAGUAGUUCAACCAGUCAAGGUUGAUGACAUUGUUAUGCAUUACAUCCAAGAAAAGAAAUCUAAGGAACUUCACACAAUCGAAAAUAGGAAUGCAGUUUUCAUAUAUCAGCAUAAAAGUCAUGUGAAUUUUACGUCUAAUACUGGUAAGAACAUUCACGCUCAAUUUGCACGAGAACAGUUUAUAACAUUAUAUCAAAAGACUGCAACAGGGCUGCAAACUAGGACAUACGUUUACAAUCCAAAAAUAACUACACUUUGCAUGGCAGAGUUUCCAGAACUCUUAAUCAAUAUAGGUCGAAAUCAAAUGGAACUGACUGGCAGCUUCAUUAGCCUUGAAAGAUUCGAGACGUUUUUGAAUGGGAGUGCUCAGCACAGAAUGGGAAUGUAUUCACAGCACCGAUCCCCAAGAAAAACAAAAGAUGAUGACAUGGGAAUGUAUUCACAGCACCAAACCCCAAGAAAAACAAAAUAUGAUGACAUACCUUACAAACAACCUGUGAAAGAAGAGAAAUCAAUAGACCAAGCCAAAGAUGAGACAUGUCCAAUUUGUUUGGAUACAAUCAAGACACCUGAUUGCAGAGUCUUGAGUAAAUGCCAGCACAAAUUUUGUAAAGACUGUUUAGAUAGGGCUUUCCAGUUGAAACCAGCCUGUCCGAUGUGUGGAGAGAUAUACGGCAAUCUUACAGGGACGCAACCAAAAGGAGGAACCAUGACUGUCUCAAGGGACAGAUCUUCUUUACCUGGAUACGAAAAAUAUGGAACAAUCGUAAUUAGCUACUACAUACCAAGUGGCUACCAGGGGAAUGAACACCCGAACCCAGGCAUGGCAUACCAGGGUGCGUCCCGCAUAGCUUACCUCCCUGACUCAACAGAGGGGAACAACGUACUGAAGCUUCUGCAGAGGGCGUUUGAGCAGCGACUCACUUUCACUAUUGGGUGUUCGUCUACCACUGGAAAGAACAAUGUGGUGACCUGGAAUGACAUUCACCAUAAGACGUCUCGCGAUGGAGGGCCAACGCAUUAUGGUUACCCAGAUCCAGACUACCUGAAACGAGUACAAGAUGAACUGAAAGCAAAAGGAAUUUACUGAUUUUAUGGACUUAACUUUGUAAUCAGUACAAACACUAUGUAAUUUCAAUAACCAGAAGUUAUAAUACAAAAAGUAUUACAGUCUCAAGAUGACCAGCCACUUACGACACUUUUUUUUUUUUACAGCCACUCUAUACGUUUAACACAGUUUAGAAUGCACUGUUUGAAUUGCCAUGUUUUAGUUUGUAACAUUUUAAUAUCAUAAAGCAGCAUAAGAGAAACAGAAGUAUGAGUUGUCACAGUAAUCACAUUCUUCUUUUAACUGUAAACCUUAUUUCAUGUCAAUACGAUAAAGGAUCAUAGCUACAGAAUUAGAUUUUAAAGGCACAGUAAGCAAGUUUCGCUGCUAGAGGUUGAUUAUUCAAAACAAUAACAAAGGCAUAUCUUGAUGACUAGGGUUGGGAACCGAGAACCGGUUCUCAUCCGAAACCGUGCAAGAUUUCUAAGUUUCGGUUCCGAAAACGGUUCUGGUGUGAUGGGUGGGCGAAGUGCGGGGAGCGUAUCCUUUAAUAGAGACAUCUCACAUCAUGAAUAUUAUAGCAAUGAAUGCACUGAAAAUCCCUCGCGCUACUCAUAUACAUCAGAUUUCAAUGCAGAAAGAGAGAGAGAGAGAGAGAGAGAGAGAGAGAGAGAGGUGCCCAAAGCUGCACGAUUAAUCUUUAAAAGAUCGCGUUCUCGAUUUCAUCACCCACGUGAUCUAAUUCCUAAAUGACAACGAUUCGCCCGUGUAUAUUAAACCUUUGAAAAAAAUAAAAUCGCGACAUUCAAAUCUGCGUUCACGCUGCCGUUGAUCUAAAGAGAGUUGUCAUGAGUAGAUAUAAACAGCUUUACAAACAAUCUUUUCUAACGCACAGUAUCAUUAUUUCUGUGUGACAAAUAGGCCUAUUCCAAUUAUAACAGAAGUAUACAAAAGUUUAUUAUUCAGUUAGAAACGCUGAUGUUUAUGUAUAAUAAAUUACCUUCUGAAAGUAACUGGACUUCAAAUAACGACUGUAUCGAUUGCAUUGUUACGCCACUAGGUGGCAACAAAUUUACUGUUAAAAAUGUGUCUAUCACUGAAUCAUUCUUUCAGAAACAAGUCUUUAUGAAUCCAACUUACAAAAAUAUUCUGUUUCAUCUGUCUGAAUCUUACAUGUGUGUUGAAGCAUCUUAUCUAUUUUGUGGUAACACUUUACAAUAAGGUUCAUUUAUAAACUAACCAUGAGCAAUACAUUUGUUACUGUAUUUGUUAAUCUUUGUUAAUGUUAGUAAAAAAAAAAAAAUACAGCCGUUCAUGUUACUUCACAGUGCAUUAACUGUUAACAAAUACAACUCUUGAUUUUAAUGAUGUAUUAGUAAAUUUUGAAAUUAACAAAGAUUAAUAAAUGCUGUAGAAAUGCAGUUCAUUAUAAGUUCAUGUUAAUGCAGUUUACUUAUGUUAACUAAUGAACCUUAUUGUAAAGUGUUAGCGAAUUUGUUGUCUGUUAAAUUCAUUUUACAAGAAUAAUAAACACAAAAAGGACUGUUUGAGUCGAGUAUUGUGCAUUUUUCCCUUAAUACGAUUUUUUAUUAGUUGUUUAAUUAUUUUAAUGGAACCAGAACCAGAAUCGUUAGGAAGAACUGGAAAAUUUCUCACGAUUCCCAACCCUGUUGAACCCUAUUGAUGACACCGUGAAUGAGUGUGGAAUCAUGGGAGUUGUCAUCUUCACCUCCGUAACCGAUGGAAAGCAAUCCGACGGGACUCAGGCAGAAAUCAUGUUCAUGGAAGAGCAAAUGUAUUAAAGGUUUUUUAACAUUAAUGCUGAGAGACGUGGGAACAGAACAAGAACAAUGGAUCAAAUGUUAAUGAGAGACAGAUGUGCUCCUUUUGUUUUGUUUAUGUUUAUUUUACGAUUAAAGUUGUUUAACAUUCA